AUGACGGUGACGGUGCGCCACGUGCUGUUUGUGCUUUCGCUCGCGCUGUGCUGCGCCUGCGGGUGCGUGGCGGCGGUGCAGCAGGAUCAGAUGCCUGGCAUCAGCGCUAAUGAGCUCUCCGACGAACCGGAUGCAGUGAGUGAAGAGACACAAGAAAAAGCGACGCCUGUAGGUGAAGAGCUCUUGAAGGCUAAGAGUGCAUUGGAUAAGGUGGAAAAUGAAGUUAAGAGGGCGGAGAAGGCGUUGCAGGAGGCAACAGCAGCACGUGAUGAGACAGAGAAGAUUAUCAGCAAUGGAAAUCAAUUCUGGAGGGCUAAUAAUUCGGUGAACAAUGCCAAAUAUCACUAUGAUCGGGUUAUUUCGGCGAAGGAGAAGAUACAGGCGCUUGUGCAGAAAAUCGAGACCUUAAAGCCACAAGAUACAGCUCUCGCGGGAGCAGGUGAUACUGCUGAGCAGAAGCGCUUGGGCGAGGCCAAAAAGGCGGCAGCAGACGCUGAAUCGCUGGUAAAAGAAGCAGAGUAUGAUGCGAAUAUUGGAGAGAAGCAAGCACGUUUGGCUGAAACGGAGCCUGAAAAGGCGCGUCAGGCGCUCAAAGAAAAAGAGAGAGCGAAACAUGCGCGGCCUCCGGUGACACCACAGGGAGACGCUGCCAAAGGCGGUACGCAUGCAACAGGUGCUGAUAAUAAGAAGCAGCGCUCUGAUGGCGACGAAUCACGCGAAGCACUGUAUGGCAACGGAUCCGAGGAUGCGGUGGCUGCAGGCCACGAUGAAGCACUAAAUGCUGCAGCAGAAACCAGCGUGCCUGGUGGAGCAGGCGAGGGCCACGCCAAUGGGCAGAGUGCGCAGGGGCCUGCCGGGGGAGAAGGAACACCUGACACUGCAGCGGGGUCCACACACAACGCUCACACGUUGGUGUGUGCCCCACUGCUGCUGGUGGUGCUGGCUACGCUGGCCUGCGGUGCUGUGUGA